AUGGACACUGCACCUCUUGCCGAUAUCGAGACUACUUCGUCCCCGGCUAUUGUUGAUUCUGCUGUUGCGUCAUCAUCCCCCCAGCCGACUUACACUACUGCGGGAACAAUCUACAAGCCGAGUUCGUCCCAGCCACUUCAGCCGCCUACUCGUCGCGGACGCUUGCCCAAGUGGUCUGACGGUAAUAUCCAUUCCAAACUUGCCCUCUUCCCCAAAUCAUCUUUGCCCGGGAUGUCGAUGAAGGCUCUUGGAGGCCGUCCCAACUCGGCACUCCAGCAGUACACGCCUUUGCAGCAGAACAACCAUCGCGCCGUCAGCCCCUUCAGUGAGCCCGACCAUCUUGUUGCUAAGACGCCGAUAGAAACACCUCGCAUACAUCUAGGGAACCUUCCAAAUGCCCUCUCUGCCCCCACGAUGCCUGAAAAUAGCAGUCAGGAAAAGGCGGCGACAGAAGAUGGCGAGCAUUGUUCCCUCGAUGGGAGUGAUGACGAUAGUGAGGAUAGCGAAUCCAAGAUAACUUUGCUCAUGAAUAUGCCGGUCAAGUCACUGUAUAAUCUGGCUUCUUACCAGAAUCCGACCCAGAAGUAUGCUCAGAGGGCGCUUAAGCGAGGAACAAAGAGGCCACUUACGCUGGGCUCAUCUUCUAUGGGAAGUACUACAUCAACCAGCCCCCCAACAUUGUCAGCAUUCAAUCCUCCCUCUAGUUCAAAUGAGAUCGGGGGUCCCUCAAACCUGGGCCAUCAAGGACCGACAGAUAUCUUUGGCUUUAGAAGGGGAGAACUUGAUGCUGCCUUCAGGGUUGAUGAUAUGUGGGAUGCAAGAACUGGCACGCCAACACCACCGUUUCCCAACCAUUCCAGAAUCAACUUGACGUUUGGCGAUGCCCCAAAUCCUGUUGGAAAUUCUGCCUCUGCAAGUGGUACACUGUUACCCCUGACUGCUGGGCCACCAGGGCAGCGACAGUAUCGUCCCGUGGCUGUUGAGUCAACAUUCAGACCAUUUGUAAGCGCAGGACCCUCUGCGCUACCGACAUCUAACCCAGCGGACGAGGAUACGCUACAAAUUGCAAAUCGAGUUCUUUUCGAAGCCGGGAUUGAGGAUGUCUCCAUCGAUUCGCUCGGGUCUCUAUUUGCAGAGAAUUUGCACAGCGCUCCCUCUUCCUAUCCAAUCUGGGACGGUGGUGCCGGGAAUGCGGAACCUCGGGGAUCUGUACUACCAACGGAACCCGUCUAUGAAGACGAGACGCAGAAUCAAUUUCGUAACAUUACAGGUCCUAUGGAGCGCAUGAAGGUCUGGGACCCAAAUGAAAGACUCAUUCAGACAAAGAGUUGGCGGGAUCCUUCUCCAGAAGUUCGAGCUCUUUACAAGCCUGGCACCGAUAGACUUACCGAUGAGGCAAUGGCGGCUCGCAAAACCGAGCUGAACAAGUGGUGGUACUCGAGAGUCGACAAAACAGACAAUGAAACCGGACUAGAGAACAUACCAGGGAAUAUACCUUUCCCCCAAAGCUUGCCUCGGGCGGAUCAGGAUUUCGGGGUUAUAGGAGACAGAAGGCUAAAGACGCCGAAAAGCCUUUCGGAGAAGGCUUCAGCCGGAGAAGCUUCAGUUGAAGAGACGACUAAGCAGACGACUGAAAAGACCACUUACGUGACCAUUCGAGAGACCACGGAAGAUAUCACAGAGGAGACUCAGGAGACGACUCAGGAGACUACUGAAAUCUUCACGUCAGAGAAUGCAGGGUCGCUGCUGGAGACGCACAGCAUACGCGAAGCCAAGGUUGAGAGGGCCCAACAACAGAUUCUAUGA